AUGGAGAGCGCGCUGGCGGUGCCCCGGCUGCCCCCGCAUGAUCCGGGGACGCCGGUGCUGUCGGUGGUGGACAUGCACACGGGCGGCGAGCCCCUGCGCAUCGUGCUGGCUGGGUGUCCGGAGGUGUCCGGGCCCACCCUGCUGGCCAAGCGGCGCUACAUGCGCCAGCACCUUGACCACGUGCGGCGACGGCUCAUGUUCGAGCCCCGAGGGCACCGGGACAUGUACGGGGCUGUCCUAGUGCCGAGCGAGCUGCCGGACGCGCACCUGGGCGUCCUGUUCCUGCACAACGAGGGCUACAGCUCCAUGUGCGGACACGCAGUGCUGGCGCUGGGCCGCUUCGCCUUGGACUUCGGGCUUGUGCCGGCGCCAGCUGCGGGCACCCGCGAGGCCCGCGUCAACAUCCACUGCCCAUGCGGGCUGGUGACCGCCUUCGUGGCGUGCGAGGACGGCCACAGCCACGGCCCGGUGCGCUUCCAUAGCGUCCCGGCCUUCGUGCUGGCAACAGAUCUUAUGGUGGAUGUUCCUGGACAUGGAAAGGUGGUGGUGGACAUUGCAUAUGGCGGUGCAUUUUAUGCAUUUGUUAGCGCUGAAAAGUUAGGACUAGAUAUUUGUUCUGCAAAGACCAGGGACCUUGUGGAUGCAGCGAGUGCAGUGACAGAGGCAGUGAAAGCUCAGUUUAAAAUUAAUCAUCCUGAUAGUGAAGACCUUGCCUUUUUAUAUGGAACCAUAUUAACGGAUGGAAAAGAUGCUUAUACCAAGGAACCAACCACCAACAUUUGUGUUUUUGCAGAUGAACAGGUUGAUAGAAGUCCCACUGGCUCAGGAGUGACAGCCCGAAUUGCCUUACAGAUUCACAAAGGGCUUCUGGAACUGAACCAGGCCAGAGCCUUCAAAAGCAGUGCCACUGGCUCAGUAUUCACAGGGAAAGCUGUGAGGGAAGCGAAAUGUGGUGAUUUUAAAGCUGUUAUAGUGGAAGUAUCAGGACAAGCCCAUUACACAGGUACAGCAAGCUUUAUAGUAGAAGAUGACGACCCACUGAGGGAUGGAUUUCUUUUCAAGUGACUUCUUCCAUGAUUUUAAGGGCUUUCUUUUUAAAGUAAUCAUUAUCCAUAAUGAAUGUUUUCUCUAAAUUAUGUGAAAACCAAUAAUCAAAUUAUACAUAUAAACUA